UACAACAUCAUGUGAUUACUUCUGGUAUCGGUUAUUCACUCGGCGAUGUUAAUAACCGAAUCCCUGUUUCACAAUUCAAUCGCUUCUUUUACAGUGGAUUUCGACUUAGUGAUUACAGUAUAAGAUACUGUUCAAAGUCAUAACAUUUCUUUGCAUUUAGCAGACAAUAAUGGCGGCGAAAGACCUUGUGAUAUAUUUCUGUUUUUUCUUCACACCGUUCUGUCUUGUGUCGUGUGAACUGUCUUGCAAAGAUCCCAACGGAGACGAUGUAGACUGGUUCAUUGUUCAGAAGUUGCCCCGGAAUCACCAAAGCAAAAACCAAUUGAUUUACAAUGGCGUGGCCCAUCUUUACAUGGACGUUCGCAGUUCAUCUUUCUCUCUUUCUGAUGUCUCUCUCAAUGACACUAAUCAACCAGUGGGAUAUACCUUACAACAGAUCUACAAAAACUACCAAAGUCAGGAUGUUAUGUAUAUGAUGUAUAAUGAUGAAUAUCCAAACGGAACAAAAGAAGACUACAGAGGACAUACUAAAGGGGCUGUUGCAUUUGAUAAUGAAUCCGGGUUUUGGCUGGUUCAUAGCGUACCCAGAUUCCCAGAUGUUGCUAAGAAUAGUUACUACUGGCCUAGUACUGCAUGCCAUUACGGUCAAUCCAUGCUGUGUAUCUCCAUGAAAACAGACCAAUUCGUGGGAGUGGGAAAACAACUCCUCUACAACUACCCAAGUGCGUACGACUGGAACAUUCCUGAAGCAUUCAAGACGAAAUUCUCUGACUUUGUGAAAGUGUCAAAGAAAGAAUCCAUCAAAAAUCCACCAUGGAACAAUACAGUUCUGCUGACUUCUCUCGAUGGGCAAUCAUUUACCAGCUUUGCCAAAACUACACAAUUUAACCACGAUCUCUACUGGUAUUUGGUGGCACCAUCUCUCGAAGACGAUCUCUACGUGGAGACAUGGAUGCACCCAAACUCUAAGUUACCAUCCUUUUGCAAUGGGAGCUAUCAUGUCGAGAAUGUUCAGUUGGUGGGAUUCCAGAACGCGCCGGAGUACAAAGAAACUGUAGAUCAUUCCAAGUGGGCCAUUUCCAAGAACAAGAAAUGGGUGUGCAUCGGAGAUAUCAAUAGAACGGGGAGUCAAUACAUACGUGGGGGUGGGACAGUGUGCAGCCUUCUUCCUACUCCAUGGCAGCAGUAUAAAACGGCAAUACAACAGAUCGAAAAGUGUCCUACAAGCGUGUCUGGAAGCAGUACUUGAACCUAUACUGUUGUAGGGUUAUAUUGCAGUAUCUUGUUAAUAGUUAUAAUCACCAAACCAUUUGAAGCUCAGUAUGUCGUCAAUAUCUUCACAUAAAAGUCUGUUCAUUAC